AUGCCUAGCAGAGUUUGGCCCAAUGGGAGGCUCUAUGUGAGGAACCUGCCUGGUUGGUGGAGGUGGAAUGAUGUGGAAGCCUGGGUGCUCUCCUUGGACAUCCCGAAACCUGCUUGGCGCAAGGCGUUUGAAGGGGAGGACUUGUCGAGUAGCUACAUUCACUGGCGCAAUGAGAAGCAGGAGCCUGCAGAGGAAGAAGAGGUACAGGAGGAAGAGGACAAUGAAGAGAUGGCAUGGUACAGGGAAGCUGCAAAAGAGGAGGUUGGAGAAGAAGCGCAAGAAGGUGAGGAGACAGAAGAGGCAGAAGAAGAAGCAAAAGAAGGUGAGGAGACCCAAGAAGGGCCGACAAUGGCCUUACCAUGGCUUCAGGAGGGGCAUCAACCUAGCAGGUACGUCCACGCGGUCUCCGCGGAGCAUGACCUGGGUCUACGUGAGUUCCGCGCUUCGGUGAGUGUCAUCACCCGACGAGGAGCGCGGAUCAUGGAGCGCGCCCUCGACGAAAAGAGAGCUUUGCGCUUGGCUUCAAUCUCUUUGUUGUCCAAGACGUUGGCCGGACGCCAUCCGGAGUAUUUCUACGAGGAUAUUUCUGAGAAUGUGGAGCAGCCAAUUUCCUUGGAGAACGGGCUCUACAUGGUCCAGCAACGCAGGGAGGUAGCCUUGGCCAAGUUGGGGGUCGGAACGCGAGUCCGCACCUUGAAGACCGAGAAUGGAAAAUGGUUGCCAGCCAUAGUCGGUGCCGGCCACGAGUGCUAUGAGUACGACACCCCGGGAUGGCCGCCCUACGCGCUCUUCAAAGUGGAGCGAGCAGCUGCUGAGCGUGCUGAGCGUGUGUUCCAAGACGCACCUGAUGAACAGUCUUUGCAAUCUGCACAGGCCGGAGGGGGCGUUUGUCUUCUCCCCUUUCGCUUGAUCAGCUUUGCCACUCGGUUCGGGAAGGCUGAAGGCCAGUCCUUCAGAUUGUGGGGCGGCACGGUGGUGGCGCCAGGAGGGUCCAGCGAUGAUGAAGAGUUUAUUGGCUACAAGGUCUUGGUCUUUUGCCUGACCAUCCUCACCGUUUGGAGCGCGGACCCGCAGGUCUUCCACAAGGAACGCCUUGACUGGAUUGGUCGACCCGGAAAGCACCCGGUGCUGGUGCCCAACCACAUCAGCAUGCUGGAGGCCUUCUACUUGGAAUACCUCACCUGGGGCAUGUCAGGCUGUGUAGCGAAGAGUCAGUUUGCCAUCCCCGGGGUGCGCUCGGCCACGCAAUUCAGCAACGCCGUGGCUGUGGACACCAAGGACAAAGAUGUGAAACAGAAGGUGAACGAGGGCAUCUUGAAGUUCGUCCACAACGAGCCGGACGAGAAGGGCCGCUACCCCUGUGGUCGAGCCUUCGUGAUCUACCCGGAAGGCAUCACCAACAGCCAGCGAGGCCUCUUCCGUUUCAACACGGGCGCCUUUGCCACGGGUAUGGCUGUGCAGCCGGUGGUGCAACGAUUUCCGUACAAGUACAUGAAUCCCGCGUGGGUGUCAGACUCGCGCAUCUCCCGCGGGAACGACCUCCCAUGGAUGAUGCUUAGAGUCAGACGUCGACGUCGCCUGCGCAGGCAGGUGAAGAUCUGUGAGAUCUGGGAGCCCAUCGAAGCCGAGCGAAACGACGCCGUGCUCUAUGCCUCGAACGUGCCCCUCGUUUUUCUUUGUGCAAAAGGAGUGGUUGGCCGCUGUGUGUGUGUGUGCAACAGCGCAAGAGUAGGGAACAGGAAGAGGCCGCUGUUUUCUUGUUGGACAUCAAGGAUCAGAUCUUAUCGAGGGUUUAUCGAGGGUUACCGUCCGAAUCUUAGGGCAUUGUGA